AUGGCUACAUUGCUAAGAGACCCAAAAAUACACGAAUACGAUAUUCUAGCACUGCAAGAACCGUGGAGAAACCCUAUCACCCCAACCACUCACAACCCAAUAUCGGAUAUAUUCCAUUUAUGCUUCCCAAAAGAUAAUAAGGAGAUGCCCGCUAGAGUGUGCUUUUUUAUUAACAAAAGAAUUGACCCUAAUAAUUGGACAUAUAAAGACCACUCUCGAGAUCUUGGCACAUUAGAAAUAAUUACAAAGCCACCAGGCACAAAUCAAGCAACAAAGAUUAUGUUGCAUCAUAUAUAUAGCCCCCCAAACUCAUCAAUAAACAGAACAAGCUGUUUACCACUUCUCAAAACAACUCUCACAAGAUACCAAGAUGAGGAACAAAUCAUCCUAGGAGAUUUCGAUUUACAUCACGAAUAUUGGGGUGGCCCGAAAAUACGUAUAAGUGAACCCGAAUCCGAGGACUUAAUCGAAAUCAUAGAAAAAACCCAGCUAGCUAGCCUCCUACCAUCAGCCACAGUCAAGUAUGACGAUAAAAACACACAAAGCUGUAUCGACCUCUGCUACGGUACACAAAAUAUAGCAGACAGAGUUAUCAAAUGCUCUGUAGACUAUGAUAUGGACCAUAAUUCUGAUCACUUACCAAUCACACCUAUACUAGAUUUAAGAAUAGCACAGCGACCGCAAAGAAAUAUGUGUGACUGGCCCAAUGUAGAUAUACAAAAGCUACGCGCAAACCUUACACAUAAUCUACCUGUGCUCCGCUCUCCUAGGACAGAGACAGCACUAGACAGAUAUUUAGAAGAGUUGGUAAAAGCUCUGCAGCUUGCCAUCGACCAAGCUAUAACACUAAAGAGAUGGUCCCCAAGAGCAAGAGCAGGCUGGACUUUAGAGUGUAAGGAGCUACAGGCUGAAGCACAGUUGGGAGGCUUACAGAAAAGCCCGAAACGAAAAAUGAAGAGUCAUCCGACAGGCGCUACUUCAGGGCCAUCGGGAACAAGUCGGAAAAGCUACAGAGAAUCCGGAAAAUAUGUGGAAACUAGCAAAGUGGGCAAGAAAUCGAGGAGAGGUAGCAGCAACAAUUACCCCGGAUACUGCCCGGCGCACUUCCGACAAUCCACUACAACCGUUAUUAAAAAGCCCGGUAAAAGUGACUACACGAUUCCUAAAGCAUACCGACCAAUAGCUCUGUUAAAUACAAUCGGAAAGAUUAUGGAUGCGAUUAUAGCAAAAAGAAUCGGCUACAUUACCGAGAAACACCAACUACUACCAGAAACACAUAUCGGAGGGCGGAAGGGAAGAUCAACAGAACACGCACUGCACGUCAUUAUCGAAAAGAUAUACGAAUCAUGGAAUGCUCCCAGAUCACAAAUAGCAAGCCUACUUUUGCUCGAUGUCUCAGGGGCAUUCGACAAUGUUUCGCACGAUAGACUCGCCCACAAUUUACGCAAAAGAAGGGUUGAUAAGAGAACAGUGAAAUGGAUAACUAGUUUCCUAACAGAUAGAAGUACAUCUAUACAUUUUGAUUCAUUUCGAUCAGAAACAUACGAAACGAAAACAGGCACCCCAAGAAUCGCCAUUGCCGCCUAUCCUAUACCUAUUAUAUAA